AUGCUUAGAUCAGUUACGACUCAUCAAUUCUUAAAGACUGCUGCAUCUCCUUUGGUCAUGUCUCGCAAUGUAUUACCUGCUGCUGCUAUUUCCAUUGCCCGUAGAUCAAUCUCGACAUCCAUGGUCCAUCGUCAAGCAAGCAGAAACGAGAAAAUGUCCGAUGUAAUUGGCUCCAUGCCUAAAGAUGUCUUUCGUGAGGUGAUUGAGUCAAGACCUAUUCCAAUGCGUGAAGAAUUCCUCGAGGGUCAAAAGCUCACCACUGAAAGUCUUGAACAGAUUGAUUUUGGUAAAGGAAAGCACUUCAAGCCUCGUACAAUGGGCGAUAAGGCUGCCUAUUACCUCGUCAAGGCCCUGCGUACUUUGCCUGACACAUAUUUUGGCAACAAUCACUACAUGCGUUCUGUAAUGCUAGAAACUGUGGCCGCUGUUCCUGGAAUGGUAGGUGCCAUGCUCAGACAUAUGAAGUCUCUUCGUAGCUUGAAGGAUGACAAUGGUUGGAUCUCUCAUUUGCUUCAUGAAGCUGAAAAUGAGCGUUUUCACUUGUUCCUUUGGUUGGAGUGUCUCAAGCCUUCCUCUUUCCAACGUUUGUUGGUAUUAGGUGUCCAAGGUGUAUUCUUUAAUGCCUACUUUACAUUGUAUCUCUUCAGUCCCAAGACUGCCCAUCGUAUGUGUGGUUAUCUCGAGGAGGAAGCUGUCAUUUCCUACACACAUUUUCUCGAAGAUAUUGACGCUGGAAAGAUCCCCAAUGGUCCUGCACCUCAAGUAGCCAUCGAUUACUACAAUUUACAUCCUAAUGCCACAGUGAGAGACACUGUUCUCGCUGUUAGAGCUGAUGAGGCUGUCCAUCGUGAUGCAAACCACUUUUUGUCUGACCGUAUUGCUCUCAAGAAAGAGGAUCUUCUUUCAGAAGUGAAAGAAGAGCGCGAUAAGAAUAUGGCUCAUCGUGGAACUGGUUCCUCUUCAUUUGCUUAA